UGUUUACAGCAGUCUGGGGAUCAUUGUUACUGUAUCUGGGCCUGGCUGCAGGAGUGGAGGGUAGCAUCAGUCCCCUCUGCUGCUACUGCUUGCUGCACAGUGUACAGCUCAGGCUGAUGUCAUGCACUCACUUGGAGAUGAAAUCAAAGGCUUCUCUAAAAACAAACUCAAAAAGCAGUGUACGAGAGUCACUACCUUAUCAGGGAAGAGAAUUAUAGAGACUUGGAAAGACUCCCUGGUGCAUGUUGUGGAUGACCCAGAUCAGCCGGGUGAUACUUCCUGCGGUUACGUAGAAGAUCUCAGCCUGGAUCUGCAGAUCGGAGUCAUCAAGCCUUGGCUACUGCUGGGUAAUCAUAUAGACAGAUCACAAGAUGUUGCACAGGAUCUGGAUGUACUGAAAAAGUAUAAGGUUACACAUAUCUUGAAUGUGGCGUAUGGUGUGGAAAAUGUUUAUCCAGAUGAGUUCACUUACAAGAAGCUCUGCAUCCUGGAUCUACCCGAGACUGACAUAGUAUCAUAUUUCCCAGAAUGCUUUGAUUUUAUAGAGCAAGCAAAGAAGGAGGACGGUGUGCUGCUCGUCCACUGCAAUGCCGGAGUGUCUCGUGCACCAGCAAUAAUGAUUGGUUAUUUGAUGUACAGUGAAAAACUUAAUUUUGCCAGAGCCUUUUCUAUAGUAAAAAAUGCAAGACCUUCAGCAUGUCCAAAUCUCGGAUUCAUGGAGCAGCUCCACAAGUAUCAAGACUGCAUUAGAAGACAGACAGAUGGCAUACAUGAAAAGACAGACUGAUAGGAACCGUUAAGACCUCUAUUCUCUUAAAUCCAGGUUUUCAGCCUUGUGUCUUAAUAAUAGUUGCAUUUUUAUUUUUUUAGCAAGAGGUGUGUUCUCCAUGUUGCAGUCAUUUUUUCUGUUUCAUUUACACGGACUCCAUCUUUGCCUAUGUUCAAUUUCCAGUCCAUGUUGUCAUAGCAGCACUGUGAAAUGUGUCUGACUCAACCAGCCCUAGCUCUACAAUGGAUAUAGGAAGGAAAUGUACAUUGUAUGCAGCAGCCGAUUGGAUUACACCAUACUCUCCUCAAA